AUGAAUAAUAAGAUAUUGAAGAAUGAGUAUAAGGUUGAAGAAAGCAAUAAACCAAUGACAAUAUCAAAGUUUAUCAGAUGGAGAGAUGGAGUGUUGGCAAUUGCUGCAGAAAAUGGUUCACAUUGUAUGACUGUUGCUGAAUUGGAGGAAACAAAUGUUGCAUUUGUAUCGAUGGAUACAACUGGGGUGAUUUCAGAUACAUCAAAAAAACAUGUUGAGGUUGAUCAAGUAUACAAGGACAAAUCAAUUUUGAAAGCAGUUAUGAGAAAAUAUGCGAUUGCAAAGAGAGCAGUAGUUGUGGUGGAUGGUAGUCACCUGAAAGGACCAUAUAAUGGGACUUUUGUUGCAGCAAGCACGACAGAUGGCCUAGGACAUAUAUUUCCAUUGGUGUAUGGUAUUAUUGAUUCAGAGAAUGACACUGCUUGGAUCUGGUUUUUUGAGCAGCUUAAAGAAGCUUAUGGCGAGAGGAGUAACAUGUGUGCUGUGUCCGAUAGAAAUAAGAGCAUUACAAAGGCUGUUACAAAUCUGUAUCAUAAUGUACCACAUUAUGCGUGUGUUGUGCCGUCGACUGAAUAUGUGCACAAUCUUAAUGAUGAUGGAAGAUAUUAUGUCGUUUCUCUUAAAAAAAAAAAACUUACACCUGUGGGAGAUUUCAGUAUGAGGAAAUACCUUGUGAACAUCAUUGGACUGUAUUGA